AUGGACAGCGGCGGAGAGCUGGGCGGUGGCGAGGACGAGGCGGCGUGCACCUCCGCCUCUGAGGGUCUGGAGGAGGGCGAGGUAGAGGGUGAGACGCUCCUGAUCGUCGAGUCCGAGGACCAGGUCUCGUUGGACCUGUCGCACGAUCAGAGCGGCGACUCCCUGGCCAGCGACUUGGGUGAGGAGACAGAUGCUGCGUGGGCCUGCGACAACUUGGCCUUUUACUGUGAGCGCUGCCACAAGUGGAUCCCGGCAGCACAUCUCCACGGGAACCAGCCCAGCUACCUGAAAGGCGACAACUUUUUCAAGUUCAUAUGCUUCGACUGCUCCGAGGACGGCAAGGAGACCUUCGAGAGGAUGCGGCUCACCUGGCAGCAGGUGGUAAUGCUGGCAAUGUACAAUCUCUCUCUGGAAGGGACCGGACGCCAAGGCUACUUCCGAUGGAAGGAGGACAUCUGUGCAUUCAUCAGCCGCCACUGGAACUUCCUCCUGGGAUCCAGAAAGAAGACGUCCACAUGGUGGAGCACGGUGGCGGGCUGCCUGUCUGUGGGGAGUCCCGCUUUCUUCCGUUCAGGGGCACAGGAGUUUAGCGAACCGGGAUGGUGGAAGCUGGUCCACAACCGACCUCCGACCCUGCGGGCUCAUGCCCACAAAGCUGUCGCCAAGGUUAAAGGCGCAGUGCGCAAAACUGCAGCAGCGGAGCCUACUGUCAUGGUGGAGGGUCUGCGGAAACGGGGCAGCAACAAGAAUCCUGUGGAGACAGCCAUGCAACUGAAGGAGAAGCGCUCUCGCACGCAGGAGGCCAAAGACAUACGGCGGGCUCAGAAGGAAGCGGGCUUUGCCAACCGCAGCACAGUUUCUACGCCGAUGAAAGCGGGUAGUGCCAACGGUGGGGGGGCUGGGCGGCGGCCGCCGGACGUGCUCCUGGAGAAAGGCGAGGUGGUGGACUUCUCCUCCCUCAGUUCUUCCGACAGGACGCCGCUGACCAGCCCGUCACCGUCACCCUCGCCCGACUUCUCGGCCCCCGGGACGCCGGCCUCACACUCGGCCACGCCCAGCCUGCUGUCGGAGGCCGACCUUAUCCCGGACGCCAUGCCGCCCCAGGCGCUCUUUCACGACGACGAGGAAAUGGAGGCGGAUGCUAUGAUCGACCCCGGGAUGGAGCACGCACCUCCCCCCGCUGCCGCACGCAAGAAGCUCUGCCCGGCACAACAUCACAUCAAGCGGGAGGCGGACAGCGAGUAUGACGAAGGACGCCAGGGCGACUUUGAAGAAGCGUUAGGCUCGCAGCUCUCUGCCACCGCCCACGAGGGCCCGGCGCGGAAGAGGCCGGCUCGCUGCGACAAAAGCCACGGGGGCGACGCCCCUCAAAUUCCUCACCACGCCCCCAUCAGCCUGUACGAGGAGCGGAUGCUGCGGCGUCGCUUGGACGCGUGCACGCUAGCGUUAGCUGUCACGCCGCAGGCCCGCCGCCUUCGCCGCAAGCUAAUGGUGCGCCAGGCUAAGCGGCAGCGAGGACUCCCCCUGCUGGACAUAGACUGCACACUCAGCCUGGUGGGAGGAGUCUACGGUGCGCGGGAAGGGGGCGGUGGACGGUGCGGCACCGGCAGCCGAGAGCUGCGUGUCCUGGACCGCUUCCAGGUGAGUUGUCCUACUCGUCGCGGCUUCCCCCCACCUCAGGUUUCUUUCUCCUGCCGCCUGACUGGAGCGGACGGCGCUCUGGAGCAAAGCAUCAAGAGCCCGUACACGUCCCGCCUCCUCAAACCUUACAUCAGGCGCGACUACGAGAGCCGUCCCCUGAAGAUGCGUCUGCUGGGUGAGAUCCGAGCACACCCCCACCGCCGGGAGUCCGGCUGGACCCCGGAGGCCGACGCCCCCCUCGACUACUGCUACGUGCGGCCCAAUCACAUCCCGUCGGUCAAUGCCAUGUGUCAGCACAGCUUCUGGCCAGGAGUAGACCUGUCGGAGUGCUUGCAGUACCCCGACUUCAGCGUGGUGGUCCUAUACAAGAAAGUGGUGGUGGGCUUCGGCUUCAUGGUGCCCGACGUCAAGUACAACGAGGCAUAUGUCUCCUUCCUGCUGGUGCACCCCGAGUGGCGGCGGGCGGGCAUCGGAACCUUCAUGAUCUACCACCUCAUUCAGACGUGCAUGGGCAAGGACGUGACGCUGCACGUGUCUGCCAGCAAUCCCGCCAUGUUGCUCUACCAGAAGUUCGGCUUCCAGGCCGAGGAGUACAUCCUGGACUUUUACGACAAGUAUUACACGCUGGACAGCACCGAGUGUCGUCACGCUUUCUUUCUGCGGCUGCGACGCUGACAAAUCUUCAACUUCCUGUCAUGUGAGCCGAUAAAACGUCAAUAAAUGCUCGUGGGUUUUUUU